AUGCCUUGGACUCGAGCACAGCUUCUUGAAAUUGGUGAUCAAACAUGGUGUCCAUCUUGGCUUCACCAACAUGAACAAUUCUCUCUAACUCAACUCUGGAACCUCAGAAUUCCCGGCUGGAGCCACGGAAGUCUGGCCACACAGGCAUGCGCAGUAUUCAGAGAGCAUCUAAAAGACCUUUCUUCAUAUACAGUCUUGGAUAUCUGCGCUGGUGCAGGUGGACCUACGCCAGUCCUGGAAUCAGAACUCAAUAAAGAACUUGAGUCUGAGGGCAAAGACUCUGUUCAAUUCGUUUUGAGCGAUCUCUACCCGCACGUUGAAGAAUGGGAAUGCAUCUCGAAAAAACAGCAGAAUGUGACGUUUAUUGAGACUCCGGUUGAUGCACGGGCUAUCCCGAGAUUUGCAAAGACUAAGAAAGAGUGCCGGAUCUUCAAUAUCUGUUUUCACCACUUCGGAGACAAAGACGCAGCGGGGAUCCUGAAAAAUGCAAUCGAGUCCGCUGAUUCCUUCAUCAUUUUCGAAAUCACGGCGCGCGAGCUUUGGACAUGCCUAUGCUCGCUUCUGGUUUUUUUCUGGGCUUUCUUCGUAUCGCUAGUCUGGUACUGGAACUCGCCUGUUCAUCUCUUCUUCACAUUUAUCUUACCUGUGGCACCAUUUACGAUAUGGUUCGACGGGCUCAUCUCCUGUCUCCGAACCCGUACCGCGAAUGAAGUUCGCACAUUACUGGAUCAGCCAGGCCUUGACCUCUCCGAUUGGACUUUCCAUAGUGGGCAGAAAACAGUGCAGUUCCCAUUCAUCACGUUAUACUACUACGUUGGGAUAAAGUCGGAAUAA